AAAUCCUCCCACUUCCCGUUGUAAUAACAUACUUGAGUUCUGAUUGGGCAGUAGUACCAUUGCCAUUUCUCACACAUACCGUCUCUUUCUCUCAUCAUCAAUCAUAUAACAGGAAAAAAAAACCUAAAUUUCAUUUUCACAUGGAGAAUCUUCCUGAGUUCUAUAACACUAAUCCCUCUCUCAUCGACCACACCAACAACACCUACCCUUUUCUGUUCAACUCAAACCAUAACCACUCUGACUCAAUGACCCACGAACCCGGUUUCCGGUAUGGUGCUGGUUUACACGCUAGCCCAGCUUACUCUUCCAUUUUACACGACAAAAGACACAAUAUUAGCAACACCGAUAACACGAACAUGGCAGCGAUGCGAGAGAUGAUCUUUCGAAUAGCCAUGAUGCAACCAAUACAUAUAGAUCCCGAGGCGGUGAAGCCACCUAAGAGGAGGAACGUUAGGAUCUCUAAAGAUCCACAGAGUGUGGCUGCUCGGCACCGAAGGGAGAGGAUAAGCGAGAGGAUUCGGAUUUUGCAACGGCUUGUUCCUGGUGGAACCAAGAUGGAUACAGCUUCGAUGCUCGACGAGGCUAUUCAUUAUGUGAAGUUUCUAAAGAAACAAGUGCAGUCGCUGGAAGAGCAAGCGGUGGUUAACGGCGGAGGAGUGGCUAUGAAAGGGUGUGGAGCAAUGGGGACUACUCAUCAGAUGGUGGGCAAUGCACAUAUUCUUAGAUGAUGAUGAUGAUUUUAAAUUUACUAUUAUACUGAUGUCUGAGAAAAAUGAUUCUAGGGAGGGUGAGCUUAAUUUAUAAAAAGUGGAGCUAAGUGUCUUUUACUUUGUUUUUUAUGCUUAGUUAAUCUUGGUGAUGGUUUUAGUGUCGAACUCUCCAUGGUUUUGGAGUGGGUUGUAAAUUAGGAACUACUAUCAUAAUAUCUUUGUAAUGAAAUAAUUCUAAGCAUAAAUAGUAGAUGUUUUCAGCUUUCA